AAAUAAAAUCAACAUUGAGUCUACUGGGAGCGUUUUAGUAAGUUCAUAAGCAUGCUUGUGCCGGUUGUUUUGGCGACUGUCUGCCUUGCCAGCAGCACGGUCUUAGCUGCAUAUGACAAACCAUUGUACGACGUGGAAGACGCUGAAAACCUGUUCAAGGACUUUGUCAAAGAUCAUAAGAAAGUAUACAAUCGAAGAGAGUAUUUUGAAAGGUUUGAGAUUUUCAAGGAAACCUUAAAAGACAUAAAUGAGAGAAAUGCCAUGUUUCCUGAUACUACAUUUGCAGUAAACCAUUUUGCUGAUCUCAAGCCUCAUGAGCUGCAGCACUACCUUGGUUUCAAACCCUCAAAUGAAACAAUAAAGAAAGUGAAAAUCCCCAAUAGGCCACAUCCUCUCCCUGAAGGAUUCGACUGGAGGUACCACCAUGCGGUUUCACACGUUAAGAGCCAAAAAUUAUGUGGUAGCUGCUUUAUCUUCAGUGCUAUUGGCAAUAUUGAAGGACAGUACGCCAUUAAACAUGGCAAAUGCUUAGCCCUAUCCGAAGGACAGGCCCUUGAUUGUCUAGAUUCUGGAACUUGCUCUGGAGGGUCGCCGGCUGAUGUAAUGGGCGAAUUAGUUAAAAAGAAAUUAGAAAAAGAAGAGCACUAUACAUAUAACCCAUUUAAAGGAGUAUGUAAAGAAGACGAUCUUAAAGGAGUUGUACAGAUGACAGGAGAGAUCUUACAAUUAGAUAUUGAAGAAGAAAUGGAUUUGAGGGGUUAUUUGGUACACUUCGGACCUCUGUCAAUUGGUGUAAACGCCAAAGACUUUUUUCAUUAUAAUGGCGGUAUAUUAGAACCUAGUAAGUGCACAGGCUUACAGGCGAACCAUGCUGUGCUCUUGGUGGGAUAUGGAGAAGAAAAUGGCAAAUUGUUCUGGUCAAUUAAAAACUCAUGGGGUGCGGGCUGGGGCGAAAAAGGCUACUUGAGACUUUCAAGAGAAGGCAAUGCAUGUGAUAUUUUCGGCCAUGUCUUAACAACCUCCGUAUUUUAAUGAAAAUAUUAUACUUUGUUUGAGUUUUAUUGUAUUAACAAUAUUACAAUAAUAAUAUACAUUAACAAUUUUCGUCUAUAAAACCUAAUACAAUUGCCCGGAACAUGGUCCCCAGGACGCUUGCUGCAUUUCCCCUUUGGACAGCCACUGAGCGAAAUAAGCAUUCACCCGCUCGAAGGUCGCCAGACACCCAGACAAGUUUAUGAUAAAUUUCUUUAUUUUAUAGAAAGUUUUAUUUGUUAUCUUUUUUGUAAAAUAAAAUAAUUCGCUGCC